GCUCCAAUGGACAAAGGUCUUCGCUUCAUGUUCUGUGUGAUUACAACCAUGCUGCUCCUGAGAGAAUCAAGCCAGACAGGAACUACAAGGAAUGAUGAUGCUAUGAGUAAGGGCACUGACUCAAGGGGACCAGAGGAGGGUCUUCCAACUUUGACUGUCACAACAAUCCUGGAAGAUCCUUAUGUUAUGGUGAGAAGUGCGGAACUGGAGGGAUACUGCAUUGAUUUGCUGAAAGCACUUGCUGCAAUGCUUCACUUCAGCUACAAGGUGAAGGUGGUGGGAGAUGGGCGGUACGGUGCCGUCUCUUCCAACGGGAACUGGACAGGGAUGAUUGGCGAGAUUUUGAGACAGGAAGCAGACAUUGCAGUGGCUCCAUUGACAGUCACGUCAGCAAGGGAAGAGGUGGUCUCCUUCACCACACCGUUCCUGCAGACUGGGAUUGGAAUCUUGCUUCGAAAAGACACCGCCUCUCAGGAGAUGUCUUUCUUCCACUUCCUGGCGCCUUUCAGUAAGGAGACCUGGACUGGCCUUUUAUUUGCUUAUGUCCUGACGUGCUUCUGCCUCUUUCUUGUUGCCAGACUGAGCCCCUGUGAAUGGAAUGAGCCAAAAAAUGAAGAGAACCACUUUACCUUCUUAAAUAGCCUCUGGUUUGGAGCAGGAGCACUUGCCCUGCAAGGUGUCACCCCUCGGCCCAAAGCGCUCUCUGUGCGGGUCGUCGCUGCUGUCUGGUGGCUGUUCACCAUCACCUUGCUGGCUGCCUACAUUGCCAACUUCACCGCUCUGCUGAGCUCUAGCAGCGAGCAGCUCCCAAUCCAGACUUUUGAGGAUCUUGUGAAGCAAAGGAAGCUUGAGUUUGGGACACUGGACGGCUCCUCUACUUUCUACUUCUUCAAGAACUCCAAGAAUCCUAUCCAUCAGAUGAUCUAUGAAUAUAUGGACAAGAGACGAGACCACGUUUUAGUCAAAACCUACCAGGAAGCAGUUCAACGUGUGAUGGAAUCAAACUAUGCCUUCAUUGGUGAAUCGAUCUCUCAAGACCUUGCAGCUGCCAGGCACUGCAAUUUGAUCAGGGCCCCCGAAGUUAUCGGAGCCAGAGGAUUUGGCAUUGCCACCACCCAGGCAUCCCCGUGGACUAAGAAGCUCUCCAUUGCUGUCCUCAAACUGCGUGAAUCAGGCGAUCUUGACUACUUGCGUAACAAGUGGUGGGAGAGCAGUUGCCUUCACAGAAGUAGAGACAGAUGGAGUCCUCUGCAGCCCCAGGCGCUGGGGGGGCUCUUUCUUACUCUUGCAGUUGGCCUUGCACUGGGAGUGAUUGCAGCUGUGGUGGAGCUGUCGAAUAAGAGCAGACAUGCUGCUGGACAUGCAAAGAAAUCUUGUUGCUCUGUUUUCACAGAAGAAAUGUGCACUCGUCUACGCAUAAAAGAAAAUACAAGACAAAGCCAGGAGACUUCAGGGAGGGCUAAUGCUUAA